AUGGCUGCGGUUAUCCUUGAUGAGGAGCCAGUCUCGGCGGAGACAGCGGGAAAAGAAAAUGGUAGUCCUGGAGAACCAUUGCCUGAGCUGAGGCCACCUGAGCCUUCACACAAAGAGGACAUCAUAGUGAAUACGGAAGCGGGGUAUGAUGCCGUCCAAACAGCGCGCGACGUCACCAAUCGCAUCCUACACUUUCUCUCCACAGCCAGCAAUGAGACUCUGGGCGCAUGCCUCGUGGGACUUGCCGCAUCGACCUACCUGAUAUUGGGAAGAGUUGGACUUGUCUUAAUUGGCGUCGUAGCAGGCAUCGUUCUCCAGGCUGUAUGGGAGGGCCGAGGGGGGGAAGUGGCUGAAUCACAGAAGAGGAAAGAAAAGGGGCUAGAUAUCGUUAGGAGAAUCCUAGAUUUGAGGGAAGGCAAGAGGGCAGACAAGUCUCAGGAUGAGGGCAAGAGCCUGCAUGAUCUGGACUUCGCGGAUUUUCAGCCAGAUACGAAGACUGCACUGGAAGGCUUCGUGGAUGCUGUCAUUCGUGAUUAUGUACACUGGUGGUAUAAACCUCUGUUGCCAGAUGACGCAUCGUUUCCAUCAGCAUGUCGGCAAACACUGAAUCACUUCAUUUUAUCAUUCUCAACUCGUCUCGCUCGAAAGCGUCCCGCGGACAUAUUCCUUGAUUUCCUCACCAAUUCUUCGUCGAUCGUCAUCGUCUUCAUGAGUGAGCUCUCGGCAGCUUUGUCUGCUUCGCGUGGCCUUGAACCUCAGCAAGCGAUUAGCGAUUAUCUUGAAGAGAACCCAAGUGCGAGUCUAGCAAAUGUCCUGGAUGAAGAGCAACAGAGAAGAAAACUCAAGGCUGUAUCAGAAGACGUGCUAGAGACAUUCUUGGACGCAAAGGCAUAUGCUUGCGACCCAGUAAAAGCUUUUCUCCGUGAGGUUUUGGCCGGUCUAAUCUUAACUAUGACUAUUACGAGUUGCUCCAGAGCUGAGUUCGUAAAUGAAUGGAUCAUUUCUGCACUAGAGGAUCCAAGUUCAACGGAGCUAGUACAAGCCAUCGAUGCUAGUGGGGCUGAGAUAAGCGGUGGAACCAGGUUAGACGAGGAUGCUGAGAACAUAGAAUCUUCAGCAAAAGCGAGCCAUCGCCGGACUGUCAGCAAAGCAGAGACGGCUAUGGAGGAGGCGAUGCAAGAGGCUCAAAGACUGAAUCAGAUGAUCGCAGAGGAAGAAGCGCGGAGGAAAAAUGAGUCCGAAGAGACGGUCUCUUUGCCUGAAGAUACUUCUCACGUACCAAUUGACGCUCCUCAGAGCAAUGAACUUUUCAACGACCCGACAAUCUCGUUGGAUAGUCCGCAAGUGAAUGGCGAUCAGGUUGAGGAGCCGUCUUCAAUGUUGGUACAGCCAUCACCAGCUUUCAAGAGCUUCAACGAUAUCCUUGCUGAACAGGCGCCAACCGCCCUUCGGUCGAAUACUGACCCCUCUACCCCCCAGAAACCGCCCCCACUAACGUUACAUAACGCCAAAAUUUCUAUCUUCGACGACUCAGUCCCUGGUGAGAAGGGGGCUAUCAAGUCUAAGCCAGCAGCGGAAUACCUGCUGCAAAUUGAACCUGCUUCAUCUCACCAUCCUGGAUGGAUGAUCCCGCGAAAAUACUCAGAUAUUGAAACGCUGCAUGAAGUUUUACGGCGAAUAUCCGUCGUUUCUGGCGUUGAGGAAUUUGCGAAAAUGCAUGCUACACUACCGAGCUGGAAGGGCAAGUCAAAAACCUCCCUACGAGUAGAGAUCGAGAAGUAUCUUCAGGACGCUCUGUCAUUCCGGCGGCUCGCAGAAUCUGAAGGCAUGAGACGCUUUCUUGAAAAGGACCAGCACACUGACCGGGCCUCACCCAACGCGCGGCAGGCGACGUUCCCAGCGGCGUUUGAGACUAUGGGAAAAGGUAUGCUUGAUGUACUUAGUAGUGCACCCAAAGGCGCUGCUACUGGUGGUAAGGCAAUUGUUGGAGGUGUGACUGGCGUCUUUGGAGGUGUAGCUUCUCUUGCUCAGAAGAAGCCGUCUCCAAAGCCGCCCUCAGAUAGGACCAUAGGAUCUCCACCACUUUCUACCCCAAUUAUCCCUCGAUCAGAGACGGCGACUCCAUACAGGCCACAACAGUCACGGGACUCUUCGGAAAGUGUUCAACGAAUAGAAACAACCUCACGAGACAGCCUGCAUUCGACAAGCCUUGACUCCAGUACGACAUUAGCUUCUGCAAGCCAGUCGAUAAUUGAAUCACCAAAUGCGAAGCUUGAACAACCUUCUAUCGACCCUAAACCUCUUGAGAAUGGUACCCAAAGUCAAGUGACCGACGAAUCAAAGACGAGUCACCAUCCUACCCUUGACCAAACCGACUUCAAUCUCCCACCCCCUCCAAGCGAGAUCUCAGACGACUACAGCACCCACCCAUCUUCACCGAAACCCUCCCUCGACGGCAUCCCCCCUUUUUCAAGCUCCAUCGGCACCGCCCCCGCUUCAUCCAUGCCCUUCCCAACACCCCCACUAUCCACACAACCAAAACCCAAACCCCCACCAACCACGCCCCCUUCCGCACCCCUAACCCCCCAAGAAACAACCCUCUCAAUCGAGCUCUUCUUCGCCACCAUAAACGCGCUCUACACCCUCUCCUCCGCCUGGUCCCUGCGUCUCACGCUCCUCAACACGGCAAAAUCCUUCCUCCUCCGGGGCGGGCCCACAAAUUCCAAUUUCGAAGCUAUCAGGCAGUUGCUGCAAUCCACCAUCAUUGACGCCAACACCUCCGACGCCGGUAUCGCCGCGCACAUUGACGCGCUGCGCGCCAACGCGUUGCCUACGGAGGAGGAGUUGAGGGUGUGGGAGGAGAAGGAGAAGGUGAAGAGGGAGGGGAUGGAAGUGGAGAAGGAGAGGAGGAGAGAGCGCGCGAGGGAGUUGUUGGUGAAGCGGGGAAUGCCACAGGCGCUUGUGGGGGUGAUGGGGCAGGCGGCUACGCAGGAGUGUCUGGGGAGGGUCUUUGAUUGUCUGCAGGUUGAACGGGUGGCGAGGGGGUUGGUGUUUGCGGUGCUUUUGCAGGGGGUUAGGGCUGUAGUACAGUGA